CUUUCUGGAAUUUUUUAUUGAAUUACUUACAUGUUCUUUCGGGAUUUUUUUUCCUGUCUGUUGAUAUUUUUCCUUGACAUGGUGCUCUGUUUUCUCAUGGGGGUCAGGUGGGGGGGGUGUUUGGAGUGGGGAAACAAAAGCCUGAUCCUGGUUCAUCUGUUGAUUGCCCUUCCCUUCCCCCCCCCUUAAAUGGAAGAAUCUCACCCCACCCUGCAGAAGGAAGAAAAUCUCUUCCUUCCUCCUGAAAAAAACCUGCACUUUUUUUAGUUCCAGAUUCCCCCACCCACCCACCCUCACCAAUCACAAACACACACACACUGAAACAAAGCAGAUGAACAAUCUCGCUUCUCUGAGAAAACUCACUCUCACGUAAAAAUUGAUUCUUAUCGUACUGUAGGGGACAAGGAGAAAGCAAAUCUUAUUUUGUAAAUGUAAAAUAAAUAAAUAAUUAAAUUAACUCACAGAGAUAAAAAAAAAAAGAAACCGGUCGACUUCUGUCUUCCUUCAUUUCUCCCGUCCUGGAUAUACGAAAAGCUGGCAUUUGGUGUGCUCGAGACAUCAAAUCUCUGCCCUGUCAUUAAAACAAGCCUCUCUCUCUUUCUUUGGUUUUCUCAUCGUUUGGGGAAGGGCGGAAUGUUUUUUACUAGGAAAGGUACGCGAUAUAAAGCCGCCGUUCUUGUCCCAGUUAAGCAACAGGAACUUGCUCCCACAGGAAGCAGUGGUGGAGGGAUUUAAAAGCGAAUUUGCGGAGGAGAGGGCUAUUGAUGGCUACUCUCUGCAUCCUCAAUUGGUGGACAUUGUUUUUCUUCAGUACGGCUCCUGCGGCAAACCAAUGGUGCCCUCUCGCUCUGAGCACCAAGGUGCCACGAACCAGCAUCCCAAUGCCACACGGAACUUUCUCCUGCAAAAGCCCCUCUUGAGACAAAACAGGAAGGCCACAGCUCUUGCACAGCGCCUGUUCAUUUCAAAGGUGCUUGUGCAGGAGAUGGACUUUGCGUUGCUGCCUCCCAUCCCUGGGUCAAAUCUGCCUUUUUAUUGGCAUCCCCCACCGUCUUGGCUGUGUUUACGAUUUGUGCAUCAAAUCUCCCCCCCCCUCCUUUUACAAGCAUGGUCUGGGCCUGGGACUUAGCAGGCAUGGACCACAAAGGGGGGGGGGGGAAGGCAUAUAUGGGGGUGGGUGGAUCUCUGGAAAGAGAAACAUCCCAGGAAUUUGAGCCCAGGGAGACCCCUUCCCCCCCUCCCCACCCUCUGGGAACGGUGCAACAAGCCAAGCAUCCCUUGGUUGGACCAGUUUGGGAGGUGGUUGGGGUGGAGGGAGUUGGUGGUGGCUUGUGUUUGAUGGGCACUUGCCUGUGUGUGUGUGUGUGUGUGUGUGUGUGUGUCUGCAUUCCUACGUUAUCCAGGAGAGGUGGAGGCUGGCCUGGCAGCUGAAAAGGGGGUGGAGAUGGAUGGGGGAAGCCUAUAAAGGAUGCGAGAUAAUUUGUUGAGCCGAGCAGCAAGGCAGGAGCGUCUCUGCUUGGAACGGCGUUGCAAGAGUUAGGGACCCGCAGCCUGAGAUGAUGGGCCUGGACACUCGCUCGCAGAAAGCCGUGUCAGGGUCCCUGGAGCAUGAGAGCGGGGCGGGGGUCUCCCCGCUGCCGCCCCCUCCCUAUGGUGGGGAAGGGGCCUUGGAGCUGCGGGGGUCUCUGGACUGCUGGGCAUGUGCCGUGCUAGUCACCGUCCAGAACCUGCUGGUCGGGAGCCUCAACGUCCUCUUCGUGGGGGUCAUAUUUGGGCUGAUCCUGCUCCCGGCUGGGGUGCUGCUGGGGUUCGGGUUCCUGUGCCAUUCCAAGUUCUUACACACCCAGGAGCCUUACUGCACGACCCACCUGAACGACGCUUCCUCUGUGGCGCUCCUGGUGGUGGGCUUCACCCUUCUGGUGCCCCUCCUGGUCUUGGCGCUGGCUGCCUACUGCCGCCUGGCCCGCAGGCUCCAGCUGGGCUACUGCCUUGUCCCCUACAGCAAGGCCGUCUACAAGAACCUGCCUGCGUCCCAUUACCACAGCUCCGGCUGCUGCUGCAGCCAGGAUUUCGAGCCAGUGGAGAAAGUCUGGGUUUGAGG